GUCUGGAGCCUAGCGAGUCUGACGGAAGUCGCGUGCGACUGGAGGUGCCCUGCACGCGCGGCUCGUUCUUCUCCAUGGACAACUCGCCCUACAGCAUCUGCCUGGUGCUAACCGAGAAGAACAGCGUCACGGUCAAGGUGAUGCUGCCGCCGUGCGCCGCGGUCGGCCUCUGGCGCCUGGAGGUCGAGACAAGGCUGCGCGGUUCCGGGGACCCGGCCGACAAGUGCCUCUUCAACGUCAAGGAGACCUUCUACGUGCUGUUCAACCCAUGGUGUCCAGAGGACCUCGUCUACAUGCCACAGGAAGACCUUUUGAAAGAAUACAUCUUCAAUGAGACAGGAAAACUAUACCAAGGCAAUUACGACUACCCCACCGGAAAGCGCUGGUUCUUUGGACAGUUCACCGAUGUCGUCUUGCCUACGUGCAACUACCUUUUCGAGCUCGGAAACGUGAGCGUCAGUGACCGAAGUUCACCCAUCAAAGUCGCCAGAGCACUCGCCGCACUGGUCGACUCGAAGGACGAAAACGGCAUCCUGGUCGGUUCUUGGGACAACAACUACGGCGACGGUGUAUCUCCGACCGCUUGGACGUCAAGUGUCACCAUCCUUGAGCAGUACAUGCACACCGGCGGUGCCCCCGUGAAGUAUGGCCAAUGCUGGGUCUACUCCGGACUGGUAACGACACUGUGCAGAGCUCUCGGAAUCCCCUGCCGGUCCAUCACAAACUUCUCCUCGGCGCACGACACGGACGGCAACCUGCUCAUUGAGCGCUUCUUCGACGAAAAUGACAACAUCCUUGCUGGGAAAAGUGAGGAUUCUAUCUGGAACUUCCACCUGUGGAACGAGCUGUGGAUGAUGCGUCCCGACCUUCCCGGAGACUAUGGUGGCUGGCAGGUGAUCGACGCUACACCGCAGACCAUCAGCGAUGGACUUUUCCGCGUGGGACCGUGCCCUGUCUCAGCGAUCUACAAUGGACACCUUGAACUGGAUUACGACACCCGCUUUGUCUACGCUGAAGUCAACGCCGACCUGGUGAGCUGGAAACGAGACAAGGCCACCGGACAGUUCAAGCAGUCAACGGUCAGGAACUACAAUGAGGCUGAAGCCGCGGGAAUGCUCAUUUACACGAAGAAGAUUGGAGAGAUGACUGAGCACACGGCGGAGGAUGCGGAAGACCUGACCAAGCUGUACAAGGGUGUCAAAGUGAAGCCCAACAAGUCGGUGAUGGGCCUGUCGGGCGCACCAGCUCCGGAAGACGUCGAGAUGAAGAUGGAGGAGAUCUCGUCGGUGCUGGCAGGUCAGCCGGUCCGGCUGGCCGUCACGUGUACGAACCAGUCGAAGACGCCCCGCAAGGUCACGCUCACGCUCUCCGCCCACUCAGUCUUCUACACCGGCGGCGAGUACAAGAUGCUCAAGAAGCAGAGCUUCAACGUCGAGGUGCCGCCCGGAAAGACCGAAACUGUAUGCCUGACUGUGACUGCCGACGAAUACCAACUCAAGCUGGCCCCACAGAAUGUCGUCAAACUGUUCGCCCACGGCAGCUACGAGGGCAGCGGCCACGGCACUUGGUACCGCCAAACUAGGAUCACCAUCGGAAACCCAACCAUCGAUGUGCAGGUACACGGACCGGUGAGCGUAUCCAGGCCUAUGGAAUACUGCCUCUCCUUUGACAACCCUCUCAGCGUACCCCUGACCGGCUGCAGUCUGACCCUAGACAUCCCUGGAAUGCAACAAUCCCACGUUGUGCCUGUGGCGGACGUACCUGCGAAGGGGAAGUUCGAGUACAAGAGCAGAAUCAUUCCGAAACGUCCUGGCGAAAAGUCUAUCCUGGCUGUGUUCAACAGCAAGGAGCUCACCGACAUCCGCGGGAACAAGGUAGUCGUCGUGAAGUAAGCUCUUGCCAGCUACAACACCACCUGACAAAAACGGCAAUAUCGGCGCAACAAGUGGCCUGUCUUUAUUUUCAAUACGUUAGACUUAGUACACGUCAAUAAAA